UCAGCCACUUCCUCUGAUCAGAGUGUGGUGGAAAAAAAGAUAAGGGUGAGGCAACUGAAAGCAACCUAGGGCUAAAGAAAGAAACAACGUCUCCACAGACGAAGAGAGAAAGAGACAAGGAGGGAGAACCAUGAACACACUCAGGACAGGUGUGUUUUUGCUGUUCGGGCUCCUGGUGCCUGUAUCUUGUUCAGAGCCUUUUUUUAACGACCUGGUCAUCUGCUAUUUCCUGGAUGCAUUCCUGAUGGUUUACUGCAUCACCAUCACUGGUUUCUUCUUUAGAGCAAAGUUUGCCAACCUCCCAGCUGAAGCUGUUAAAAUGCCGCAGGACACUAAUGGAAUUUACCAGGAACUUGAGAGACCAAUGGAUGCCGAUCCUUACCAGGUGCUUGAACCAUCAAAAAGAAAGAAAAAAGCCAAGAAGAAGAGGAAAACUGAGUCUACCCAACCUGGGGCCAUGGAAAUGGAUGUUUUUGAAUCUAUGGUCGGCACUUCCACUGCUCCAAGUCGGCGUCCCCAGUGAUUUUCUGCAUGGUCACUUGUGUCGCAGGAAAGUGCUGUUAACUGCUGAGCUCUCAUCUACAGCCAGGAAUAGUUCAACAUUUCUCACUGUUACAUUAGACAACCGACUCCACUUAUGUGUGUGGUUUGUGUCUGUGAUAAUAAAUAUGGAUUCAGAGCUGAUGGGAAGCAAUAAAAUAGCUUAGCUUAGCAUACAGACUGAAAUCAGGAGAAAACGCUUUGAAAAGUUUGGCUUUUCCCAAAGUUCAAAAACAGCAACAGCUGUAUAAAUAGAUAAAAGAUUGGCUCAGAAGAGGGGAUGUUAUACUGAAAAUAAAUCAUUCAAGUUCAAGUUUAUUGUUAUUCAAACCAUACAUUCACAUAUAUAGCAGAGUGAGUGAUGACAUUUCUCUGGGGCCAAAGUGUAGCUACAAUAAGUAAUAGUGCAAGAUGGAUAAUUAAAAGUAAGACAAAAAUCCCUGAGAGCUUAAAACAGUAGGGCAUUUAAAACAGUAUGUUAAGGCAUUACUGUUGAAUGACCUUUGGGAAAUGUGGGAAACAAAUUUUAAAAUAUGAAUAUUUUCUUAUUUGAGUUGAGUAUUUUCUGAUUUGAUUAACUUUGACUGAUGAAGCCUCAUAAUAGAAGAAUGAUUACAGCCAACAAAACAUGUUUCAAUAUUUAUACAUACACCUGACUGAUUAUUCAGGCUAGACUUGAAGCAUUAUGAACCUGUCCUUUAACAAGUGCCCUGUAACAAAAAAAAGGAAAAUACAUUUCCCAGUUAUAACUCUGUCCCUGCAUGGGUUUCUUUCAUUUAUCUCAAUUGUUCAGUUAUAUCUAUAUGCUAAAUAUAUGUAAUAAAUAUAUGUAAUAAAUCAAUCAAUAAAUGUUUUUUCAGAUGUUUUAUAACUUCUCUUGAAUUCAGCAGUCAGGACAAAAGUAUAUCCCAUCAACUGUAACUUUUAAACUUGCUAACCUCAAUCAUAUAAACCACUCCUGGCCACAUGUGCAUGAAAGCAUAUAGGAAACUAGAUACUAAACUCAAUGACAGUGCCUAUACAAUCACAUGGGCAUGAAUGAAAACAUUUUUAACAAAUAUAAAACUUUCAUGCAAUAAAAAAAAUCCUGAUACGAAGAGUAAUAUUUGACCUCAUUUGCAAUUUGAGGUGGUCUGUCAAUAGUGUUACAGACUCUCUUUCAUAACAGUGUUCUCUGGGGGAAAUGCUCUUUGAGCUGCAGUGAAUUUUUUAGUACAAUACUGCGAAUGACCACCAGGAGAAAAUGGCAUCAGGUCUGAGCACUCUAAUAUUUGAGAACUCCUUUUGAACUGGGUAUAUAAAAUCAAAUAAUAUAUAAAUAUAUACUAUAUCUCCAAUCAAAUGUGACUUUGGGUGACUACAGCUAAUAGCACCCAUCAUACAAACCUGCACUUUCUCUCUGUAUUUGUUUUCCAGUUUUUAACUAAUACUUUAAACUCAUGAAUGUUCAGGCUACUGCUCCUCCUGUGCAUCAUCAUACCAGUGUGCAUCUUUAUUGUGUAAACCAGCUUCCAAUAAAAAUCAAAGCACAUG